CGAGGGGCGCUUCGGCAACGUCCCCCGGGCGGAGCAGGGCGGCCGGUGCGGGGUCCCUGGCUCUCGGGUGGAGGUUCCCGUGCAGUUCGCGCAAGACCUAACUAUUCAGGCACGCUACGGCAGUGCUGGUAAGGUGAUGGCGCAGGAGUGGCUGAAGUACCGGUACGGAGUGUUCGAGGAGCACGGGUACCCGGGGGAUGGGCGCCCGCACGUACCUCGACGUGCAGAGCAAUACGACGCGGGUCACAGGUUGCACCGACCAUGACUUGUUGCAAGGAGCAUGGGUUGACAGCACCGGCAUGGAGUGUGACCCUUUGGCAGCGGAUGUGACCAAGCCUGACCCUGACUGCCAGUACCGAGCUGACAGCACCACCAGCGACUCUUCAAUGAUGUUCCUUUCCCACUUAGAGUCCGUGACACAUGUCUGUACAGCCCAGACGCACGACAGCCUCGCCCCGACACGGCAGAACCGCUUGUGUCACGGUGCCAGCGUGUGGGAGGUCAUGGAACAGCAUGUCGAUUUCGCCGAAGGCAAUAACCCCGCGGGAGGAGGCGCCGUUGACCCGACUCCCACCUUCCGUCGCGUCAAGACCACCAACCCAGCUGUUUUCUUGCUGCUCGACGACGUUUGCGGAGUAGAUAAACCAGGAGUCGAUUGCCAGGGACUCAUUGUGUACAACGCCUUGAAGCCAGUAAUCGAAGCGCUGUUUGACCAAGACAUCCCAUACCUUGGCAUGGGAAAGUACAGGGAAGCACUCUCUGCAAUUUACAAGAAUACAGUCUUGCAACAGAAGGAAAGUAUCGACAAGAAGGAUCUCCUUGACUUCGUUCCUUACUCUCCGAAAAAAGACUAUGUUACCGAGCCAGAGUCUGCGUUGAUAAAGGUUCUAGAGGCUCUCAACAGUUUUACGGAAUACACGGGCGAAGUGAACAUCCUGUUAGUGCAGAUGAUCAAUACCAAUGAAGCCGGAACAGAAUACCCGCCAUUGCUUCUGGAUAGAGUGAAAGUGUCGUGUGUUCUUUACGGCUACGAAAAUUACAACAGCUGGCUGCCCCAACUCGCUGACGAAACAGGAGGUUCCUUUUACAUCAGUCCCACCUAUGAUCCCACGUACGCGAGACAGGCGCUCACCAGCCUUCAACCGGACCCCGCAGAAGUUACUCUCCUUCGCCAGACUAGAUCACUAGAAGCUGCGGUGACAGUGCCAGUAGUCGUAGAUUCAUCCUUGGGACUUUCGACCUAUUUUUAUGCCAACUUUUCAGCGUCAGCAGUGGGCUUCACACUCAUCAGCCCGGCAGGAGAUGAGACGGAAAUUUCUUCGCCUUAUACUCAUACUGUGAAUGACGCUGCAGCUGGUACUUGGGAAAUGGUGCUGAACAGUACCGAAGGCGGCACAGUCGACGUCCUGGUGACCUCGAACCGCCGUGGCGCCGAAAGCGAUGUGGAAGUCAAAACCUGGACGUCUGCUUCCAGUCAAGGCAACCUGGACUUGAACACCAGCGGCCUGAUCUUCUACGUCUCCGUCACGCAAGGGAACGUGGCCGUCAAAGGGCUGCACGUGACUGCCACGUUCUACUCGGCAAAGAACCUGGCAACACAAGUGGUUGUUCCCUUAAGCGAUGACGGUUAUGGCGACCCUGACAUCCAGCUCCACGACGGCAUAUACUCUGGUUACGUCACGGACUUCGGCGCUCACUCGUCGAGGAAAAUAAAUUUAUUUGUCGACGUCACAGUCCAGCCCGCGACCAGUGCCCGAGCGGCUCCCCCGGUGGGUAGCAGAGCACUGCCCCAAGACCCGUUCGAUGAAGCGCCAUGCUGCGGGUCUGUCGCUCCCGGGGCCGUGAGCCUCGAGGUCAACAGAUUCAUCACCGCCUCGACUGCGGUCACCAUCCUCAACGGUCCGUCAUUUGGUUCUUAUGACCCGCCUCCGAGUAGGAUUGAGAGCUUAGUAGCGAUGGCAGUGGAUCAGGAUGGACCAGUGAUCGAGGCUGGCACUGUCAGAGUCACACUCAAGUGGAACGCCCCGGGGAAGGAUUUUACCCAGGGAAGAGUAUCCCGGUAUGACAUCUGGUACAGCGAUAGCCUGGAAACCCUAAUAAGCGACCCCGAAUCGACGACUAAAGUAGAAGAUUCCCAGUACGAAGGAGGUCCUCCAACACCCUUGGACUAUGGAGGCGAACAGACAGCAGUGCUUCUCCUGCCGAAGUUGGUGGAAGAAGAAACUCAUUACUUCAUAACUGUUGUCCCAGUUGAAGCCAGAGAGAAUGAGGAACAAAAGGGAGACCCGAGUCCGCCAGUUAGUGUUAUGGUAACAUCUGGCAGCCCUUUCACCACAACUACCACCACGCCGGAGCCUACAACCACAACUACCACCACGCCGGAGCCUACAACCACAACUACCACCACGCCGGAGCCUACAACCACAACUACCACCACGCCAGAGUCUACAACCACAACUACCACCACGCCAGAGUCUACAACAACAACUACCACCACGUCAGAGUCUACAACCACAACUACCACCACGCCGGAUCCCACAACUUCCACCUCGCCGGAGCCUACAAUAUCUACCUCCACGCCUGAGGCUACAGCCACACCUAGCACAACCGAGUCUACAGCAGCGUCAUCAUCACCUGCCAUCUCUACCACAACUUUGCCCUCAGCCUCCAGCUCUACCACAGCGUCGCCAUCAACCGCAAGCUCUACCACAACUUCCUCAUUAACCUCCAGCUCUACCACAGCUUCGCCAUCAACCGCUAGCUCUACCACAACCUCAGCUUCCACUGCCAGCUCAACAAGUCCUGCCACAUCCUCAACCAACUCUCCAAUAAGUACUGAAUCCACUCCGCCAGCGGGCACAGGCUCACAAAGCUCGACAACUGAUUCACCGACAGGUAUGAGGGAGAAAAAGGAGAACCUAUUCUGUCGAUACAGGCUUGCGGCGAGGACGUUGAAGUCACAUAGAGCUUUACAUACCAUGGUAGUGCAGUCCAUGUCUCGGCUCUUGGACGAGGAA